AGCCAGCAAGAGCAAAUUCUAUCUCUCGGAAAACAGCAAAUUCUAUCUCUCGGGCAAACAUCACCAUCACCAUCACCACCCCUCGUUUCACCUCCGGGCGCCGCGGGAAAGCGUCCAAGAGUACUACUGUUGAAGGAAUCGAAAAGAAGUCCAUCGAAUCAUUAUCAUUAUUUAACUCGAUGUGCCUUGUAUGAAAAAACAACCAAAGCUCUUUCGUUUCUUUCAAUGGCGAUUUAAACGAAGCAACUGAGAUUCUCUCUUCCUCCAUUUCAACUUCUGGGUAUUUACUCAACUUAACUCCAUCUUUUCUCAAUUUCAUCUCUCUAUUCUUUUGUGGGCUUUUGACUAUUCGAGCUAACUUCAAGCACGAAACAUCGAUUGAUCGGAACUACUUGAUUUGUGGAACAUAAUCAUCUAAAUGCUCUUGUUCUAUCAUCUCGAUUAAAAGAAAAAAAACCCAAACUUUCGGCUUCAAAUAUGUCGAUCAUAACAAAGUUGAGAUGCAUCACUGUGGAUGUUACUGGCACUUUAAUGGCUUACAAGGGAGAGCUUGGUGACUACUAUUGUAUGGCUGCUAAAUCUGUAGGGCUUCCAUGUCCAGAUUACAAAAGGGUUCAUGAUGGAUUUAAAAUCGCAUACACAGAAAUGGCAAAAAAAUAUCCAUGUUUUGGACAUGCUGAGAAAAUGCCCAACAUUGUAUGGUGGAAAACAUGUGUGAAAAAUUCAUUUAUCAAGGCAGGAUAUGAUUUCGAUGAAGAGACAUUUGAGAAAGUAUUCAGGCGUAUAUACUCCACCUUUGGUUCUGCUGCACCUUACACAGUAUUCCCUGAUUCUCAACCGUUUUUAAGAUGGAUUCGUUCACAAGGUGUGACAGUUGGAAUUGUUAGCAAUGCAGAAUACAGGUAUCCAGAUGUAAUUCUUCCAGCUCUAGGCUUACAUGAGGGAUCCGAAUGGGAUUUCGGUGUAUUUUCGGGCCUUGAGGGCAUUGAAAAACCGGACCCGAAACUAUACAAAAUUGCUUUAGAAAGGGCGGGAAAUAUAGCACCCGAAGAAGCUUUGCACAUUGGAGAUAGCAUGCGAAAAGACUAUUUACCUGCUAAGAGUAUUGGGAUGCAUGCAUUGUUGUUGGACCGCUUUAAAACUCCGGAUGCCUUGGACUGGAAGAAAUCCGGUGCCACUGUGUUGCCGGACCUUGUGGCAGCACGAGAGUGGUUGGCUUCUCACCGUAUUUGACUUCUUUAUAUUGAUUGUAUUUACUAGUGAGGGAGAUGAUUGGUGUUCUAUGAAAAAGGCAAUAGUUGAUAUUCUUGGUAGUUAAGUUUAAAUGUACUUUGUUUGUACUAAUGUGUUUUAUUUGAAUUACAUAGAGCCUUUUUAGUAAUUUUUACUUGAGUCAUUUAUCGAAUUCUUAAUCGAUAUGCAAGAUCAAUAGUAGCAAAGAACAAAAUAUUUUAACAAGUGAUAGUAG